AUGAUUGUUUCGGCCCUGGCACUUCAGCUUCUGACGGCUUCCUCUGGUAGCGAUUCUGCAUCUUUGCAACCAUUCUUCCAGCAAGUGAUUCGAUUACUAGGGGAAUCCGGAAAAUUCAGUAUCGAUGUGGUGUGCAGUGCGGUCUUGAACGAAACGACCAAUCCAGCGGCCUUGGAUAGCAACUUUCAUGACCUGGCGUUGACUUUCCACGAGCACUUGAGAAAUCUGUACAUCCGGCAACUCAUAACAUCACGCAGCGUCGGCCAUCGUGGCCGUUAUCGAUGGUCGACUAUCUACAUCGAGGAAAUCAUGGUACUGUCUCAAAAAUUGACUUCUGAGAACGCAUCCCUGGCGGAGAUUCGAGCCAUGAUAGACCAAGCAAGGAACAAGACCAACGAAGCAGCAGUGGAGGCGCUCAAGCAACAAAUUCGCAAGAUGAAGGCAGCUGGAAAAGCGCAACUGGUCCGGGAUUUAUUCCGGGCCGGUAUUCGAGCCGAGAUCAUGAGCACACCGACAAUAUUCCAAGAUCAAAGCUACGCUGAGCUGGUCACUUAUGGAUUUGCCUUGACUGAACGAGACGGGGAGACUAUCAAGUACACACUCGCAGAGCCCAUAGCAGUGCACGCUAUUAUGGAGUAUCUCCGUACAGAAGGCGGAGAGGACUAUCAAAAUCUCAUGCGGCAGUGGCUAGUGGAUACGCAAGAUGACCAUGAAGUCCAGGCCAUGUUUGGAAAGGCUACUGAAUGGUUUGUGGCAAUGUCUCUCGACCACAUGUUUCGAUACCAAAAGGACCAUGUGUCUACUUUGCCUGACCUCUUGAAUGGAUCUGCCCGUCGUGAGGCAUUAUUGAAGAUCCUGGCUGGCACAAUUUGGGACUGGAUGAGGUUAUACCGGACAGAGGGUCACCACUCAAUCCCGACCUUCAUGUUCCCUGACAUCAUGGCUGGACCUGAUCUGGUGUUCAUCUUGGAGAACCGAUCAGCAAUAGGGAAAGAAGAGGAAGAGCCUCAUGGAAAGUUACGGCAGCCUUUUAGCCCAUCAGAAACGAUUGUGGUAGCGGCACAGGUCAAAACCGGUCGAAGUGCCAAGUUCGAGGCUGCCAUGGAAACACUUAUCGACUCAAACUGGCACAGCAGCAUCAGGGAAAGCGGCAGAGACGAGGAACUGACUCAUUGGACGGGCACUAAAUUUCUCCUGCUCUUGAUAUGCACCGGUAUUACAGUCACUCAGGAAAAGCUUGAUCAAUGGAUGAUGAAGAACUCGGGGCGGAUACAAAGGGGGCGCUUCUUCUGCGUUCUGGAUGAGGCAGUCACGAGUGAUGUAUGGGGCCAAGACUUUGUUGCCUUGGCGGACGCUAUCAAGACGAAAAAGGUUGAGAUGCGAGGUGGAGUGAUGGCGCAGAGGCAGGGCGGUAAUAGGGACAACAGGAACCACCGUGAUGGAAAUACGUCGGAGAGUCAACUACCGGACAGGUCGAAAAAGCGUCCUCGGAACACUUAA